CAGAACCAAAAGGGAGGAAAACCACUCUCAGUUUAUCAACAGUGACGAACAGAGUGCUAGAAAAAAUUGUCCCCAGAAGGAAGGAAAAAUUAAUUUGAGCUCUGGCAAACCAUUUUUCCCUGGGCCUGGUGCUAAUGUGCAUUAAAGCACUGCGAAACGCGAGGUGUUAAACGGGUUCUGGUGUCCGACGGAAACCUCGUAAAAAUCCUCCGCAGGGUGGUGCUCCAAUUGUGGUGUUGAAGGAUAGAAGCAAAAAAUACCCGAAAUGGUGCUCAAGGUGCGUUUGUACUGUGCGUAAUAGUUGUGCGAGUAAUGCGGGAAUAUAGUGCCCAUGUCAACAUGAGUCUCGUGCCACGGAAAUCGAUACCAAGUGCGUCUCUGUGAAACUAAUCGAUUGCGUUUGCGGCUGUGAACUGUAUGUGUGAUAAUGGUGAUAAUUCUAACAAGAGUACAAUAAAUGUCUAGGCGAUCCUGAACUCCCAUGCAGUGAAAAGUGCUGUUCGCGUUUUCGUUGCUGUUGUUGCUGCUGAUGCCUCUUGAUGAGGCAGUCCAAUAGUAGUCUACACUCUACUACAAACCCCAGCAUCACACCGUGCUAAAUUCGCAGAUUGCCAGGAAAAUCUGCCCGAAAAUCUCAAAGCUUGACGAGCAGCAGCAGCACACCUCGAGUGGACGCGCAAAACGCACUAAUUUUGGUCGAGAGUGAGACAGAGAGACAGAAGGGUGGAAGACUAAGCUAGAGGUGGAAGUGGUGGUGGUGGUAGCGGUUUCGUUUUCGGGCCGGCCGAACAAAUAUGAGAAAUGCUGUAAGGCGGCCUACAUUAUUGCCCACUUCAUCAUCAACAGCGGCAGCAGCACCAGGAGCAAUCAAAUCAUCAUCUUGGCGCGCGUCAUCAUUAGUGGUGGAUUGAAAUAUAGACACAGCGGGCAUCAGCAUCAGCAGAUCGAGAUCGCGCGGGGCUGAGCUGUGCACAAGUGUUGUUUAGUGGCCGGUUGUGUAGUACAACACGUGUUCGUGUAGAUCGUGACUUUAGCGCUGAUUUGGCAGCGACGCGCCAAAGAGAGAGAGAGAGAGAUCGCGCGAAAUCUCGGGGAGUUUUUGUGUGUUUGUUAUUGUUGUUGUUAUUCGGUGUGUGGGAAAAAGUUGGGGACGUGAUUCCGCGUUUUGCCGCUUGCCAUUUAGUAUAGUACACCGGGCCUAGGCUCUCCCCGGGUGCUUGUGGGCGAGGUGUAAUAUUUUCUUCCCACUCUCUCGAGACAGAGGGGGGUGAAACGACGGAGAUUAUAAUUAGUGAUUGUGCUUAGUGUUUCAGCAAGCUGUUCGCGGGCCUAGUAAACGAUACGAUGGCUGCCCAACCGGCUUGUACCCGGUUUUCGGACAAUUACGACAUCAAGGAGGAGCUGGGAAAGGGUGCAUUUUCGAUUGUGAAACGAUGCGUACAGAAGUCGACCGGGUUCGAGUUCGCCGCCAAGAUCAUCAACACAAAGAAGCUUACCUCGAGAGAUUUUCAGAAGUUGGAACGGGAGGCCCGGAUAUGCCGCAAGCUGCAGCAUCCGAACAUCGUAAGGCUACACGACAGUAUUCAGGAGGAAAAUUACCACUACCUAGUGUUCGAUUUGGUGACCGGCGGGGAGUUGUUCGAGGAUAUCGUUGCGCGUGAGUUCUAUUCAGAGGCGGAUGCGUCGCACUGCAUACAGCAGAUCCUGGAGUCCGUUAACCACUGCCACCACAACGGAGUCGUGCAUCGAGAUCUGAAGCCGGAGAAUUUGUUGCUGGCAAGUAAGGCCAAAGGGGCGGCUGUGAAGCUGGCCGAUUUUGGACUGGCAAUUGAAGUUCAGGGCGAUCAGCAGGCAUGGUUUGGUUUUGCCGGAACCCCUGGGUAUCUGUCGCCGGAGGUGCUAAAGAAGGAACCGUAUGGGAAGGCGGUGGACAUUUGGGCGUGCGGUGUGAUCCUUUAUAUUCUACUAGUGGGUUACCCACCAUUCUGGGACGAGGAUCAGCAUCGGUUAUACGUGCAGAUCAAGGCCGGCACGUACGACUAUCCGUCGCCCGAGUGGGACACUGUAACGCCGGAGGCGAAAAACCUUAUCAACCAAAUGUUAACAGUUAACCCUCAGCGGCGGAUAACGGCAGCCGAGGCGUUGAAGCACCCGUGGAUCUGCCAGCGCGAGCGUGUUGCCUCGGUGGUGCACCGACAGGAGACUGUGGACUGCUUGAAGAAGUUCAACGCCAGACGCAAGCUCAAGGGUGCUAUUCUCACAACGAUGCUCGCGACCAGAAAUUUCUCCAGCAAGAGUAUGAUAGCCAAAAAGGGCGAAGGUUCGCAGGUGAAAGAAUCGACCGAUUCGUCGAGCACCACCGUUGAGGAUGAUGACUGCAAGGCGCGCCGACAGGAGAUCAUCAAGAUCACCGAGCAGCUGAUUGAGGCGAUCAACAAUGGAGACUUCGAGACGUACACUAAGAUCUGCGACCCGCACUUGACCGCGUUCGAGCCGGAGGCUCUGGGCAAUCUGAUCGAGGGUAUGGAUUUCCACAAGUUCAACUUCGAGAAUGUGCUGGGCAAGAGCAAUAAGGCGAUCAACACGACCAUCCUGAAUCCCCAUGUGCACAUCUUCGGCGAGGAUACCGCGUGUAUCGCGUACGUCCGGUUAACGCAGUACGUGGACAAACAGGGUCAUCCCCACACCGUGCAGACCGAGGAGACCCGGGUAUGGCACAAAAAGGACAGCAAGUGGCAGAACGUGCACUUCCACGGUAGCCGCAACGGCAGCUUUAGCAACACUGCGACGCAGUACGACUUUGUGAACCACAAGUAAGGUGGUGGGGGCGGCCAAAAGUGCGGCGGCCAGUGACGGUGAGACGAACUUCGGCGACCGCUACGGUUCGGGUCGCCGAGGGGGGCGGAGAGCGCCGCGGAGAAUCACAACAAAUGAAAUUCAUGGAGCAAGGUAGUUAAAGAAUCUUUAAAAAAUAGAUCUAAAACUCGAUAGAGAUACUGAUUGCUGGUAAUGAAAGUUUAGCCGAAUGGAUGGAUGGAGAGAAGGAAAACUUUUAUUUAAUUCAAAUUGAACAUAUAGAUACAAAAAAAAAAGAAUAUGCUUGUUCGUUACAAAGAAAAAAAAAAUAAAUUAAUGAUAAAAAAUAGUUUAAACGAUUCUGAUAUCAAUGUAACCAAAUGAAAAAACAAACCCAAGAGAGAGAGAGACAGGCGACAAUGCUUUUAAAAACAAUCCAAAUAUACAUACUCCCAUCCACAAAUGUAUUUAUUGUUGGAAGCGCGAACACCAUUGGGCGAACCACAAAGAUUUCCCUCCCGGAAGCAGUUUCAUAUGAGUGCAGCCUAGAGUGCUAAUCGAAAUGGUCAUCUCGAGUUUUCAAACGGGAUUUUCUUAAAAAUGUGUUGAUUCUAACGAAAAACUACCCCGUGCAAAACUUCAGCUCAAUCGGACGUUAUUUACUAGUGUCGCACAGCCGUCAAAGUUUGAGUUUUGACGUGGAACUAUGUCUUUCAGGAAGGGUGCCAAAUCAAAAAUAACGAAUGAACUGAAAAAGUUUGAAAUCUCUCUAAUGCAAAAUCCUCCUCCUCCUCUUUUAAAUCACACCACUUCUCGUUCGGUGUUUGUGGGGUGAACGUCGUUUGCCGACGAGCCUCGACCGGGAGCCGAGCGUCUUUCUCAAGACAUGUGUGAUGUUGAUGAAUACCCAACAAACAAUUUGGUUUAUGAACAGUUGAAUAAUCCAUUAUAUAGCUUAAACUUUUAUUCAGCUUUCCUGUUAGGCUACCUUCAUUCAUAGGGCAUCCAACUCCCUAUGAAUGAAGGAUGGAUGGAGGAAGUAUUAAAAAGGCGUUUUUGACACUCUAGAAAGAUGAUUAUUCAUUGAAAGGUAUCAUUUCACAAUUGUGGCGUGUUUUUAAAUGCAAACCAUACAAAAAUUUCACAAGAACAAAUAUUGAAUACUCAACAAUACUUCAACUAUGGAAGGAUUUCGUCGUUGCUGUUGAAGACUGCAAAGAUUUAUGCCUGAAGUUAUUUCGUUUGCUGGACAUUUCAUCUGAAGUCUCCACAUUCGAAGUUCUAUGUUGAGGUGCAACAAUACCAGAAAACAAAAUUCAAGCUCAUCUUCAGAAUUUUGUUUUUGUGAAUCCUUUGAAGAAUAGACAACAACUAGAAUAUAUUGCCGGCCUAAGACUAUUUUAAAUGGGGUAAAUGAGCCAGUUUUUCGCCAUAGUUCCAGUUUUUGGUUCUUCCAUGUAAAUCACAGGAGUGUGUCAACCAAGGAACAAAAUUAAGCAGUGUCCAACAAAAAUUGAAACUUCGUUCUUAGCGAAUAGUGUCGCUACUAUAAGGUUCCAAUAAUGAAGCUCUAGGAUUGGCUUUUAGAUAUAUUGUAAGUUGAAUUUUGAAAGUGUUUGAGGAGAAAAGAUUAUAUCAGCAGUUGUGUGCUUAUCAGUAUCUAACACACUCCAAUUCACACUAAAUCCAACCUUUAUUUACCUAGCUUUGAAAAUUCCUCACCAAGUUUGAUGGAAAACCCUUCAUUUUGGCUGACGAGUGUUCUCUUCAUUAGGUAAGAGGAAUUCCAACGAGUAGAAACAGGUGUCACUGGGUACUUUCCUUCAGAAGUAUCGAAGAAAUUCUUGUAUUUAGUAUUGCGAUAGAAGGUAACGAUUUUUGUGAUCGUUUUGAGAUCUGAUUGAUUCUUACUAUUAUCUAUAGUAAUGCACUCAGACCCCAGCCAUUUUGGAUAUUUUCUAGAAAGUCGUAGAGAACACGACUUACCUUGUCCGCAGUCCAAAUAUGAAAGAAGACGAGAACUGGUGCUGGGUGAUUCGGCUGGAUGAUGCAGGGCUGGGACAAACUUCAAAGCAGGCGAAAUAUGUGUGACAGGGCUGCGUCGCAUAGGCACGGUAUGUAUAAAAAGGUAGGCUGCGCAUUUCGGGCGGAAUACGUUAGAUGUAAAGGGGAGAUUACAUUCACCUUCUUCAAACAGGUGGAUUACAAAACUAUCGAGUGCAGUAAAUACGACAUCCUUCAAAUUCACCGCAGUGUAUCGCCCAUGCAGCUCGAUUAUGGCUGUGAUUUAUCUUUCAUAAGAGUAAUAUAUAACAUUCAAAUAUGAUAUGGAGAGAAUACCGAUGUAAUAUCUAAAUUUGCUAGUUUCGGUGAACCUGGUGCGAAAGUUCCACUGACAGUAGAUCUUUCAUGCAAUUUGCAGAAAUUUACAUUGAAAAAUUGCGGUUUUCAAAAAACUCAAACUAUACAGGUUGUUCGACACUAGUAAUUGAAGUUCGAUUGACUUUGCAUACGGUAGGUUUUCGUGGGAAUCAACAUUUUUAAGAAAGUCCCGUUUGAAAAUUCGUAGGGCACUUUUUGCCCAUACAUCCAUUGGCGCUCUAGUGCAACCUUCAUUAUUGUCGAAUGAAAAAUCAGACAAACAAACGGUGGAACAUCGGUUUGCACCAUUUUUUUACAACUCCAGAUUUGAUAAAGAAGAUAAAAAGAAAGCAUAAAAACGAGCGUUUAGAGCAUAACCAUUCACACUCACACACAGUGGCAGUUUCGUAUCUCUCCCGUUUUCCAAGUAUUUUUCUCAAGUUCUCUCUAUAAUUCAUGUUUUUAAAUAUUAAAAUGAACGAAAAAAAAGGUAAAAAAACAAGCAAACAAGCAAAACCAAUCAAGUGGAAGUUCAAUAUUUAAUGAAUAGACAGCCGAGAAAGUCGGGUCGGGUGAGGCGGAACGACUUCACGAAUACUUAAAUACACUAGUUUAUCAAAAAGAAGAAAAUAAAGAAAAACAACUAGACUCUCUAGAAGAACAAAACAAAAAGCAUAAUAAAAGUACUAGGCGAGGGUGAAUAGAAAAACGCGAACGCAUACGCAUACACAGAACUUACGGCAUAGGAAAAAACAAACCUACAAAUGCUUAACCUAUCGGUAGUGCUGUGCUAUUUGAUAGAAAUAAAUAAAUUAACAAGAAAAAAAAACAUAAACUUCAAGUGUGUGAAGCCCUAAUGAGAAAUGAGAGCGUUGCGUUGCGAGAGUGAGAAAAGACAAGACUACACAAGAAAAAACAAAACACACACGCAUACACACAUUCUCGAUAUGCUGAAGAAUUAUUAGCAGACAGAGCGAGCCUAAAUUAGCACAGUGACAUCCAAUACACCCACACAAACUCACGCAUACUAGCGAAAUGAAAAACAAAAACAUUAAACGCAAACAUCGCAUCAUACUCUAAACUCGUCGCCGUGAAUAGAUAGAAUGGUUUAUGAUAUACUUGAAAGGCGGAGAAGAAAAAGCAGUCGAAGAGAAGACAGAUGCAUACCGGACAAAUUUUUCACGCGCGCAUAUUUGUACAGAAAAAUAUGACUUCAUCGAAAACGAAAAAAAAUAUCUAAAAAUGGGAAAACAUUAAACACUAACAACCACAAGAGCAGCAUAUUGACGCUUCGGGGCAGGAGGAAGUGGCCAACCACAAACAGAAGCAUAAUAAGAAGAAGAAACGAAACAACAAAAAAAAAUGGUAAUAAAAACUGUUUUGCUCUCAAGCCGAAACGA